AUGGUGGAAGAGAAUCGAACAGGUUUUGGGCAAGUGGACAUCGUUGAUGAUGACAAUAUGGUCCGAUUGCCGCGACAGCGUAUUGUCGAUAUGUAUAAAAACGCUAUGUCGCGCGUUCGCGUUUUAGAAGCAAAGGCGAACGAAGCGUCAAUAUGUAUUAGAUGUAACCUAUUGUGUGACAAGAGUGAGCGAACAGACCAAGAUUUUCGCAAACUAGUUAUACGAGAGAAAUGUUUACUAAGAAAAUUGACUAUUAAAGAUCAAGAAAUACAAGAUUAUGCUGCACAAUUGUCAGCCAUGCGAAAUUCUAUUCAAAACAAUUCAUUAUCAUCACUCAAAUGUUCAUUACAAGAUCCAGCUGUAAAUCUUCUGAUUCAAAGAUUACGACAAGACCUGUGUGCUACAAAAAUUAGACUAGAAGAAACCCAGAGAGAACUGAAUGCCUGGAAAUUUACACCCGACAGUAAUACUGGAAAAAGAUUGAUGGCAAAAUGUCGUUUACUGUAUCAGGAAAAUGAAGAACUUGGUAAAUUAGUAAAUAGUGGCCGAGUAGCUAAGCUUGAAAGUGAAUUAGCAUUGCAGAAAAACUUUGGUGAAGAAGUUAAAAAAUCACAAUCAGAACUUGAUGAAUUUUUACAAGACUUAGAUGAAGAUGUGGAAGGAAUGCAGAGUACAAUAUACUUCUUACAGAAUGAACUUCAAAAAUGUAAAGCUUCUGUUCAAAGUACUAACAAUACUGAAAACAAAGAAACUAAUCCAAUAUCUAUUGUUAAUGGUAUUAAAAAAGAUGAUGUUACUACAACAGAGAUAUCUCUAAAAUCAAAAACUGAAAUACCAACUCCAUUGGUCAAAACUAAACCUAAUAAUAAGUCGAGUAAACACAGCAAACCAAAAGAUACUAAGCAAUUAAGUGAUGAUAAAAAUAAUAAGCCCAAAGUAAAAAAAAUACGACCAGCAAAAGCAGAAAGUACGGAUCAAAGUGGGCAACCUCCUAAGGUACAUAAAAGCAAACACAAAUCAGAUGGGAGUAAAAAUGAAGAUAAAAGAAAAAAGUCUGAAAAAAGGCCCCAUAGCAAAGGUGAAGUAGUUCAUAAAAAGUCAAAAAGUGAGCUUCCCAAAAGUACUGAAGUUGAGACUCCCGUUGAAGUAGUUAAUGGACUACCAAAUGGUUCAUAA